AUGGGACCCCGGGUGGGCAAGGGGGGGCGCAGCCUGCCCGGACUCGGUGCCCGCUGUCUCUCCCCACCCCAAGGUCUGCUGGCGGGGGUGAACAUCACCAGCCCCACGCCGCUGGUGCGCGGCACGGCGGGCAAAGCGGCGCUGCUGUCGGUGCGCUACACCAGUGCCAGCGCCGACAAGCCGGUGGUCAAGUGGCAGCUGAAGCGUGACAAACCCGUCACCGUCGUCCAGUCCAUUGGCACCGAGAUCAUCGGCAACCUACGGCCUGAUUACCGUGACCGCAUCCGGGUGCUGGAGAACGGAUCGCUGCUCAUCAGCCCCUUGCAGCUGGCUGAUGAAGGCGCUUACGAAGUGGAGGUGUCCAUCACCGACGACACCUUCACCGGCGAGAAGACCAUCAACCUCACCGUGGACAUCCCCAUCUCAAAGCCACAAGUCCUGGUGGCCUCCUCGACGGUGCUGGAGCUCAGCGAGUUUUUCACCCUCAACUGCUCGCACGAGAACGGCACCAAGCCCACCUACACCUGGCUGAAGGACGGGCGGCCGCUGAGCAACGACUCCCGCCUGCUCCUCUCCCCCGACCAGAAGAUCCUCACCAUCACCCGCGUCCUCAUGGCUGACGACGAUGUCUACAGCUGCCUGGUGGAGAACCCCAUCAGCCACGGCCGCAGCAUCCCUGUGAAGCUCACCGUUUACCGCCGGAGCUCCCUCUACAUCAUCCUCUCCACGGGCGGCAUCUUCCUCCUCGUCACCCUGGUGACUGUUUGUGCCUGCUGGAAACCCUCCAAGAAGUCCAGGGAGAAGAGGCAAGCGGAGACGCAACCGGCCUCCGAAUACCCCGAGCAGGAUGAGGAGCGCCUGAAGCACGAGGCUGAGGGCAUCGCACGGAGCGGCGAGCACGACCGCAAAAACCCGGUGGCCUUGUACAUCCUCAAGGACAAGGGGAGCUGCCACCCCCCCAGCGCGGCCACGGCCCCCCAAACCGCAGCUGCGCUGCGGGACAAUUUCCGCCUGCAGCCGGGUGAUUUGGUGGCCACGGCGGGGCAAGCGUUGGAGCUGGAUUGUGUGCCACCCUCGGGGCACCCCGAACCCCACGUCACCUGGAAGAAGGAUGGGGUGACCUUGGACUUGACCGGUGACCGGUACGUGGUCACCAACGAGAAGUUGCGGGUGGCACCGGCGCGACGGAGCGACUCUGGGCUCUACGUCUGCGUGGCGGCCAAUGCGGCAGGCGAGAGGGAGAGCCGGGGCGCCCGCGUCUCCGUCCUGGAGAAGCCGACUAUAGUGCGGCGCCCGAGCGAUGCCGUGGUGGUGGCCGGCAGCACCGUGGAGCUGAGCUGCGGCGCCCAAGGUGACCCAGCGCCGCGGGUGCAGUGGCACAAGGAGCGUGGGGACCUGCCCUGGGGCAGGCACGAGGUGGACCGGGAGCACACGUUGCGCCUCUACACCGUGAUGCCUGCCGACGCCGGCACCUACGUCUGUACGGCACAGAGCCAGCUGGGCACCGCCGCUGCCCCCGCCCGCCUCCACGUGGAGGACGGGCUGCCGACGGGCCGGCAGGAGGCUGCACCGCGGGACUUGCUGGCCAUGAGGCUGCACCUGGACAACGGCACUGCGCUGCCCACCGCUGCCGUCCAGCUCCGCUGGCGGAUGCUGACGCCGGCGCUGGCGCCGCAGGGCUACGUGGUGCUGUACCGCUGCCUGCUCCCUGCCAGCACCCCCUGGGUCCAACACGAUGCAGGCAGGGAGCUCAGCGCCGUCAUCCCUGCGCUCCGCAGGGGCUACAAGUACGAGUUCAAGGUCCGCCCCUACGCAGGAGGGACCCAGGGUUUGGACAGCAACAUCAGGCACCUCUGGAUACCCGAGGAAGUACCAAGCGCGGCGCCCCAGCACGUCACCGUAGGCCAGGCUGAGAUGGGGAACGGCACCGUGGUCGUGAGCUGGGAGCCACCUCCUCCUGAGGCCCACAAUGGCAUCAUUCAGGGCUACAAGGUCUGGUCAAUGGGUGAGGACUGGCAGCGCCUGACCAACAGGACAGUGGACGGAGGCACCCACCACCUGGAAACCCUCCUCCCGAGCCCUGGGGCCGAAUUCUGUGUCCAGGUGGCAGCUUUCAACAGCGCAGGGCUGGGGGUCCCCAGCAAUGCCACCUGCGGUGUCCUGGGGCUGACGGCGGGGAGCAACAGGGUGGUGCAGGCGCUGCGGCAGCCGGCUGUCAUCGCGGCCGCCGGCUCGCUGCUCUGGUUGGCCUUGCUCGCCCUCCUCCUCCUCCUCUGCCAGCGCCGCGCCAGCCAGGAAGCCGCGGCUCGCCACCGGUCCCUGGCCACUGCGUGCCCCAGGGACACGUCUCUGGCCACCCAAUGCCCUGGGGACACGUCCCUGGUCCCUGAGAGCCCCAGGGAUGUGUCACCGGUCACCAGGUGCCCCAGGGACACGUCCCUGGUCCCUGAGAGCCCCAGGGAUGUGUCACCAGUCAUCAGGCGCCCCAAGGACCCAUCACCAGCCACCAGGCACCAGAGGGACACAAUCUUGGCUACCAGGCACCCUGAGGACAUGUCCCUGGUCACCACGUGCCCCAGAGACAUGUCCCCGACCACCAGGCGCCCUGAGGAGAUGUCGCCAGUCCCCGGUCACCGCAGGGACAUGUUCCUGGGCAGCAGGUACCCCAAGGACAUGUCCCCAGCCACCAGACAACCCAGGGACCCAUCACCGCUGACCAAGCACCAGAGGGACAUGUCACCAGCCACCAGGCACCCUGAGGACACAUCCCCAGCCAGUGGGCACCCAAGGGACAUGUCCGCAGUCACCAGGCUCCCCAAGGAGAAGUCCCCAGCCACCAGGCACCGCAAGGCUGCAUUCCUGGCCACCAGGUACCCCAACAUGUCCCUGGCCACCAGGUGUCCCAGGGACCCAUCACCAGUGGCCAGGCACUCAAGGGACACAUUUCUGACCACCAGGUACCCGAGGGACACGUCCCCAGUCAGUGGGCACGCCAGGGACACAUCCCCCAGCACCAGGCACCCUGAGAAGAUGUCCCCAGUGACCGGUCGCUGCAAGGACAUGUUCUUGGUCACCAGGUACCCCAAGGACAUGUCCCUGGCCACCAGGUGCCCCAGGAACCCAUCACCAGUGACCCGGGACAUGUUCCUGAUCAUCAGGUACCCUGAGGAUAUGUCACCAGCCACCAGGCAUCCCAGGGACACAUCCCCAGGAACCAGGCACCCUGAAGAGAUGUCCUCAGUCACUGGUCACCGGAGGCACAGGUUCUUGAGCACCAGGUACCCCAAGGACAAGUCUCCAGUCACGGGGCGCCUCUCACCAGCAUUCAGCGAUGGGGUCCUCACGCCGCAGCAGGUGGCCGAGGACCUGGAGAUGGACCAGGACACCACCUGCCCCAGCCCCCCAGCACCAACCACACCCCGGUCCUUCUCGCCCCCACACACCUAAAAAAAAACAGCGACAAGGGGCUCGCCAGGAGGGUCGCUGCUGAAUGGCUGGGGCUCUGUCUCGGAGGACAACUUCGCCAGUGCCCGCUGCAGCUUAGUGAGCUCCUGCGAUGGCUCCUUCCUCCUGGACGCCAGCUUCGCCCGGGCACUGGCCGGGGCCGUCGAUGGCCUCUGCUUCAGCCUUGAGGACACCGACGGGGGCUAUGGGGGUCCCUCACCACCACCAUCACCCUUGGGAGAGGUCUUCUUGCCUGGGGUCCCCAUUCCCAGCUGGGACUGGGUGACAGCGUUGGGGGCCCCGCGGACAGCUGGGACAGAGGCGGCCGUGGGCAUUCCACAGCACGGUGGCCAUGGGAUGGGGAGUGGCAGCCCCUGGGCCAGGGUGGAUGGUGAGCCAAGGACAGGAGGGACAGGAGCGUGGCGGUCCCCAGGGUGCAGGACGCGGCAAGGCCAGAGUCCCCUCGGCUCGGCUAAAAUCCAGCUUUAUUAA